AUGGCCUACCAGCCUAUGCCUGGAAAACGAAGCACCCAUAUCAAGACACACAUGUCCCCUAUGGAAACCUUUGACCAGCUUUGUGCAGGCCUCAAGGAGUCUCUACACAGCCGGGGGGCAACCCACCACCAAGCUGAAUUAACAGUGGCCUUGUGGAUACGUCCAGCAGCGAGGCGCAGCUACUACAUGCAGGUACCUCGAGCCUCCAAGAUGGCCAUUCGGCAAAACAGAUACUGCCGGGCCUUGAGGCCAGGGCACCAAACCACUCGGGCACACGCUCCCACCAGCAUACAAGCAGCACCAGGAUUGCGAACCAAGCGACGCACACACAUCUCUCAUCCGUCCGAAACCCCGGUGACCAGCGCAACACGAAGCACAUCUCCCCACUCAAAACAACAUUGCAAGCGGCUACGAGGCUGCACAACAUGGGGGGAACUACCUGAGCAGACCGCCAAGGCAGAGACACUGGGCCCUGCGGCCGCAAUGACGGGACUAGUAGACACAGGACGGGACUUACCAACGCUGGGUAUAGGCUGA